AUGAAGCGACUUCUCCUGCCCUGCGCCCUGCUUGUGGCCCUGCUGUUUCCAGGGUUCUCCCGGGCGGAGUAUGUUAACCACCACGGCAUCGCGGGGCCCCGAGCGCCCACGGAAGAGGCCCGCGGACGAGGAACAAACGCGUCUCAGGUGUUCCGCCACCAAGCAAAGCGCAGCUACUUAGCGCGCACCCCCCCUUACCCAGGGGACAUUCCGCCCGGAAUCCGAAAUACCAUCUGCCUUUUGCGCCAUGGGACCUGCCGGCUUUUUUUCUGCCGUUCUGGUGAGAAAAAGGGGGACAUCUGCUCCGAUCCCUGGAACAGGUGCUGCGUAUCACCGGAGGCGGAGGCCUGAAGUACAGGCUUCUGGAAGGCACCUGGGUCUUCAAGUGCCCCCGGAGCUUAGCGGCCUGUGUGGUUUAUAGUAGGUGCUCA